UAUACAUAUCUACUUUCAAAAAUUGAGCAAUUAAACAAAAAUGGGUUCGAAGUUUUUAUCUUUGGCUUGCAUACGUGGGAUGGGCGGUGAUGGGUUGUCACCGCGGCCCCACUAUCCAUCUAUGCCCAAGUACCCGAAAGGAGUCUUGAAGAAGAAGAAGAAGAAGAUAACAGAUGAUGAUAUGGAGAGUAAUAGGGAGGCAAGGGCCUUGUUUUCGGUCACGGGAAUGACAUGUUCUGCGUGUGCUGGAUCGGUUGAGAAGGCGGUUAAACGUCUACCUGGAAUUAAGGAGGCCGUUGUGGAUGUUUUGAAUAAUCGAGCUCAAGUUAUGUUUUAUCCUACUUAUGUCAAUGAAGAGACGAUUCGUGAAACCAUUGAAGACGUUGGGUUUGAAGCUACACUAAUUUUGGAAGAAACAAGCGCAAAAUCUACUCAAAUAUGUCGAUUGCUCAUCAAGGGAAUGACUUGCACAACUUGUUCUAGUACAGUCGAGUCUGCUUUGAAAGCUGUACAAGGAGUACAGAGAGCCCAAGUUGCAUUAGCAACUGAAGAAGCCAAAGUCCAUUAUGAUCCCAUAAUUGUGAGCCACAACCAAUUCUUGAAGACCAUAGAAGAAACUGGAUUUGAAGCCAUAUUAAUUAGCACGGGGGAAGAUAUGAGCAAAAUAGAUUUACAAAUUGAUGGACCAUGGAACGAUAGUUCAAUAACAAUGAUAGAGAAAUCUCUUCAAGCACUUCCCGGGGUUGUUGUAGUUGAUCUCGACACUAAUCUUAAAAAGUGUUCCAUUUCUUACAAAGCAGACAUCACCGGGCCUAGAAAUUUUAUUCAAGUGAUUGAAUCAACCGGCUCUGGGAUGUUCAAAGGUAAGAUAUUUCCCAAAGGAGGAGGUCGGGAUUCUCAUAGACAAGAAGAAAUUAAUCAGUACUACAAAUCUUUUAUGUGGAGUUUAGUGUUCACAGUACCCGUGUUCUUAACCUCUAUGGUGUUCAUGUAUAUACCCGGACUCAAACAUUUACUGGAAACCAAGAUUGUGAAUAUGAUGAAUGUAGGUCAUCUUAUAAGAUGGAUAUUAUCGACUCCAGUGCAGUUUUUUAUUGGUCGAAGAUUCUACACUGGUUCCUACAAAUCAUUGCGCCAUGGUUCUGCAAAUAUGGAUGUUUUAAUUGCACUGGGAACAAAUGCAGCAUAUUUCUAUUCGGUUUACUCUGUGUUAAGGGCUGCAGCUUCACCACAUUUUGAGGCCAUGGACUUCUUUGAAACAAGCGCAAUGCUCAUUUCGUUUAUUCUUCUCGGGAAGUAUUUAGAAGUCAUGGCUAAAGGAAAGACAUCUGAGGCGAUUGCAAAGCUUAUGGAUUUGACUCCUGAUACUGCAACACUGUUGGCUUUUGACACUGAAGGAAUUGUUAUAAGAGAAGAAGAGAUAGAUAGUAGGUUGAUUCAAAGAAACGAUGUGCUUAAGAUCCUUCCUGGUGCAAAGGUAGCUUCAGAUGGGUUUGUAACGUGGGGACAAAGCCAUGUAAACGAGAGCAUGAUCACAGGAGAAGCAAGACCUGUGGGGAAGAGAAAGGGUGACCCAGUGAUUGGGGGGACGGUUAAUGAGAAUGGUGUGUUGUAUAUUAAAGCAACAAGGGUUGGAUCAGAAAGUGCGCUUUCGCAAAUAGUUCAACUUGUUGAAUCUGCACAGAUGGCUAAAGCUCCUGUCCAGAAACUUGCUGAUCGGAUUUCCAAGUUCUUCGUGCCUCUGGUCAUUAUGUGUUCUUUCUCCACAUGGCUCGCUUGGUUCCUAGCUGGAAAGUUUGAGAGCUACCCGAAAUCAUGGAUACCAUCUUCCAUGGAUAGCUUUCAACUUGCUCUUCAGUUUGGAAUCUCUGUGAUGGUCAUAGCUUGCCCUUGUGCUUUAGGUUUGGCUACUCCAACUGCUGUAAUGGUUGGUACUGGAGUGGGGGCUUCGCAAGGUGUUCUUAUAAAAGGAGGCCAAGCACUAGAAAGUGCACACAAGGUGGACUGCAUUGUGUUCGAUAAGACUGGGACACUUACGAUUGGCAAACCACUCGUUGUUAACACGAGACUGCUAAAGAACAUGGUACUUAAGGAGUUUUAUGAACUGAUUGCUGCAGCCGAGGUGAACAGUGAGCACCCUUUAGCCAAGGCUAUCGUAGAAUAUGCAAAGAAAUUUAGAGACCAUGAAGAGAACCCAGUUUGGGCAGAAACCCAAAAUUUUGAAUCCAUAACGGGACAUGGUGUGCAGGCCACUGUUCAGAACAGAGAAAUAAUAGUGGGAAACAAGAGUUUGAUGAUAAAGAAAAACAUUGGAAUCUCCACGCAGGCUGAGGAAAUGCUAACUGAAAUUGAAGAUUUGGCCCAGACAGGAAUUCUUGUGUGUAUAGAUAGCCAACUCACUGGAAUUCUUGCAAUUUCCGACCCUUUGAAACCCGGGGCUCGUGAAGUAAUCUCCAUACUCAAGUCAAUGAAAGUCAAAAGUAUAGUGGUUACAGGAGACAAUUGGGGAACUGCAAACUCCAUUGCUAAAGAAGUUGGCAUUGAUGACGUCAUUGCUGAAGCCAAACCAGAGGACAAAGCAGAGAAAGUGAAGGAAUUACAGGCUUCGGGGCAUGUUGUGGCCAUGGUAGGUGACGGGAUCAAUGACUCGCCUGCACUAGUGGCUGCAGAUGUUGGGAUGGCUAUCGGUGCAGGCACAGACAUAGCUAUAGAAGCAGCUGAUAUAGUCCUUAUGAAAAGCAAUUUAGAAGAUGUGAUCACAGCCAUUGAUCUUUCAAGAAAAACAUUUACCAGAAUCCGUCUGAACUAUAUCUGGGCUUUGGGUUACAACCUUAUGGGGAUUCCAAUUGCUGCUGGUGUUCUUUUCCCAUUCACAGGAUUCCGCCUGCCACCAUGGAUUGCCGGGGCUGCCAUGGCCGCCUCAUCUGUGAGUGUCGUUUGUUGCUCUCUUUUGCUGAAGUAUUACAAAAGGCCAAGAAUUUUGGAGACGCUGGAACUACAAGGAAUAACGACUGGUUGAAUGAUCGUAAAAGCAAGAUAAUACCGAAUGUGGCAUGUUUAUUGAGGUUAGAAGAUAGUUUGGUCAUGUAUAUAUGUAAUAAAGAUAUUAUAUUAUAUGUGUAUAUGUAGUUAUUAGUGCACAAAGAUUUAUGUUAAUAAGGUUGUUUGAUUCAAGUAUAAAGAUUUAAAA